AUCGAGAGUAUAAAUCUUCAACAAGAAGCUGCUGUGAGCCUACUUUCAACUAUAAAUAGAAUAGCUGCCGCGCUGAUUAACCAAGCUCGCUGUUUUCAUUAUGCCUCCAGCACCUGCCACCGCUUCGAAAGGAGCCAAGAAAGCUUCUAAGGCUAAGGCCUCUCGUCCUACUGGUGAUAAGAAGCGCAAGAAGAAGAGGAAGGAAAGCUACUCCAUCUACAUCUACAAAGUGAUGAAGCAAGUCCAUCCGGAUACUGGCAUCUCCAGCAAAGCUAUGUCCAUUAUGAACAGUUUCGUCAACGAUCUGUUCGAAAGAAUAGCUUCAGAAGCCAGCCGUUUGGCUCACUACAACAAACGAUCGACCAUCAGUAGCCGUGAGGUACAGACUGCUGUCCGUCUCCUACUCCCUGGUGAGUUGGCCAAGCAUGCCGUGUCCGAGGGCACCAAGGCUGUCACUAAAUACACCAGCAGCAAGUAAACCAACGGACUAUGUCCAUCGAAUAACCGGUCCUUUUCAGGACCAUCCAUUUUCUACUGAUAGUAAUUUCAAUCUAUCGAUAUGCGCUUUAGAUUUCUCUUCAUCAUAAAUAAUAACACUAAAGCGAAUUUGGAUUUUAUUGUCUUCCUCGUUGUGGAUGUUUCACUCUGAGUUUGUUAUAUACUAACGUUUCUUCCCAUAAACAUUGUAAGUCUUGCUGAGAUGGACUCCUUCCUUAUGUUUUAAGAAAAUCAUAAAUGAAAAAAAAAAGACAUUUGAAUUAUCGUGUGGUGCAGAAUUUCGCUCAGUUCCCUUCUUCAACCUCACUUGAACAGACAUUGACGCAUUUCAUAUAAAUUUUUUCCCCGACCCUUGUCAUCGUAAUCCGUUGAUGAGCAAAAAUGGAUCAGAUUUAAUGUAUUACAAGCGGUGUCUCUCACCAAAUUUCCGAUAUAAUUGUAAUCUGCAUCUGAACAGUAUUUGUAUUAAAUCUCAUUAAAGAAAUACUCUUCUGGGGCACGAAGUGUUUGAUGCUAAAACGGAAAAAUUC